AUGUCUUUAGCUGGCGAAAAUAGCACUGUUUUGGAUCUGGACUCGGGCUUCCGAAAGCUACUUGCUUCCCAUCUGUCGGUGUAUGAUGCUCUAACAAAUCCUGAUUUGGACGCGAAUGAGUCUGAGGAGCCGGAAGCGGUGCCGGAAAAUAAAUUCUUGGCGGUGUCGCCGAUGAAUGUGUCGCCGCUGCCGCCCUUAUCUGCUCGUGACAGAAAUAGUCCAGUUCAAAGUUGGCAAACGGUCAAUUUGCCCGCAGAUUCACUCCCAGACUUUGUGAGGCCUUUGAAGUUCAGCUCGCCUUUCAGCUGCGCAAGUCCGCGCCCUGCAAGUGCUUCUAUUCUCUCUAAUAGCACCGAUGACGAAUUGCCCUCCGAGUCACUCGUGAUGGUUCCAUCUGUAAGCAAACUCAAGGUUUUGGUCUUCGAGACUGAUGAAGAGGAUAACGACCCGAUUGAUGCCAAUGAGCUCAAGCUCGUAACUUCCCGGAGCAAGACGACAGGUGCUACCGCUGGUUUUGAUGACGAUGACGAAACACUCAUUCCGCCAACCCAGAUCAACUCGGUCCCUGCGUUUCUCAAUAAGCAAAACUCCCACCAGUCUUUUGUAAUGCCAAAGAUGUCGUUGUCUCAAGAUAGUGUGAAGUUCCAGCUCACCAUUAUCAGUGGCAACAAUGAGGCAAUGAACCAAGAAUGCAACGGCUUGAUCGCAAUGUUAGAAAGUACGGUGCAUCCUCCCAGUUCCUCCACCCAUCUACAUGUCUCGUAUUUGGCAUUGAGUCAAACACCGCUGAAACUAGAGCUCAGUCUCAUCCACAAUUCCGAUUGCUUAUUUAUUGUCAACGAUGGUCUGUUGGUUUUAGGUGAGGCCAUGACUGCCGUUGCUAGAAGCGUAUCUGAGGAUGUGAGUUUGUCUAAGGUCACCAUCAUCAAUAUCUUGACCACAAACUACUUCAUCAAUCUAUUCGAUAUCAUCAACAGCGUCAAUCCAUACCAGAUAUGGAAAACAACGACCUUUAAGACCGAGAAACUUUCUGAUAGGAUUAAAGCUUAUGUUGAAAGCGAGAUGGCUGCACACAAGAAGCGGCCAGUGUCAAAGAAAAGUAAAAAGCUGGCAAAGGGUAAGAAGGCUAGACGAAACAGAGGGUCAAGAUCUUUAUCUACCGAGAGGAAUAUCACUUGUCAAUUAUCUCAGGAUUACAGAUCUCUACUGACAACUUUGCAGGAUGAACUAGCUGCAUCUCUGGGCUUAACCGAAAUCGAUCCAAUCAGUUUCUCAUCAAGUUUGAAUCAUUUGAAGGCUUUUGUCAACAAUGUUCCAAAAUCAUUUCCAUUCGGUUCUCCUGAUGAUCCCAAAUCUUUGAAACAACUUUUGAUAAUUUGCGGGUUUUCUGUUGGUGUUGGAAUGGGCAUUUUGCUUGGGACAACUAAACUUGUCCAAUUUGCGUAUCGUCAAUUCAAACGGUUGAAGGAAGUUUCGCAGGCUUCCUUAGCAAGUUCGAAACCUGAGAGUCUCGUUGAGAUCUCCGUGCUUCCUAGUGAUUUCUCCACAGUGCUGGUCACUGAUAAAUUUCACAAGGCCACGGAAUAUUUCAUGGAGGGAUUAGAUGAUGUUUACACGCAUUUCGUCGUCAAAUCACCCUGUGGCAAUUUAAUGACAUCAUUUGGAUGGUUUGUUGAUAAGUUAGUGGCCGAAGUACGCGACUUGAGUGCCUCUGUUGCACUGUCGGCUCAAGAUGGUUUAGACAAAUCCGUCUCUAUGCUUUCAUCUAUUUUAUGA